AUGAAUCGAGUGCUAAAAUCAAUUAGCAUACACCACAAGCUCGCAUUGUUAGCCGCUUUGUUUUGGGCCCUACUGUUUGGCAAGGCGAACGCUUUCCCCCCAACGCAGUCACCGAAUGAAUCGCUUGUCUAUAGCCACGAACAGCUGCAGGCGUUCAAGCGCUUCGACGAUGAGCAGCCAGCGCGCGCUGCUGGACGCAGUUUCCUGUGCGUGCCGCUUUUUCGCAGUUUCAAUCUGCAGCUGGCGGCGGAUGUGCAAUUGGCAGCGGAUGAAACGCUCGCAGUAACUGGCGAUCACCCAUCGCUGGGUGCCUGGAGCUUGGACAAAGCGUUGCCUAUGCGUGCGCUGAACAAACAGCGCAGCAAGUGGUUUCUACGCCAAUGGAUAUGCGCUUCCCAUCGCGUUUACUAUCGCUAUCUAAUCUAUGCGCUGAAUGCCGCCGGCGAGCGUGUGCUGCGGCAGUGGGAGGCGCAGCAAGUGCCGCGCAUGCUGCAGACAUAUGAAGCGUAUAGAGCGCCAGGUGUGGAUCUCUAUGGUGAAGCGCAUGCGCGCGCUGUGGGCGGCGGCGUGCAGCUGGAACGCGGCUGGCUGCAGCGCGAGUAUGUCAUAGAGCUAAAGUUCUGCUGGCCAGAGCACAUUUACCUAAGCGGCUACAACAGCAAAGCGACGCAGCUGCGACUCAAGCUGAGCUCGCUGAGUUUGCUGAACGAUGCGCGGAUUGAGGUUUCACGCUUUGGCUACAAUCGCUCCAGCUUUCGUGCCCAGCGCCAGCAAGGCGUGGACUACAGCGCAGGCAGCAUUCUGAUAUAUCGCAUUAGUCAGAGCUUGGACGUAGCCAAUGCCUUUAGACUGAACAUCUACAACAAGCAGCAGCAGCUGCCGCUGGGCGAGAUUUACAUUUGGCCCAACCAGCUGCAAGGCAGUCGCGGCAUACUACAGCUGCCCAUAGUCAGCAACCUGCAGCAGCUGGUGGGUGAGCUUACGCUGCCCUAUUUGAUUAUCAAGCCGCUGUCCCGACGUACAAGCGGCUUUAGCUUGCGUGUGAGCUUUCAACGCUAUUGGCCCAGCAAUUGGCCAACGCUGGAUGUGGGUCAGCGUGGGCUGGGCGACAACAGCAUUGCGGAUUAUCUGGCGGUAGCUCGGGCUAAGGGCGACAUGGUGCAGCUGGAUGUGCAGCUAACGCGCGACUAUGUGCCCAUUGUGUGGCAGGGCUUUGGCUUCUACAGCAGCGAGCUGCCCAGCUCGCAGUCCAUAGUGAACGAGCUCGAGCUGCGCUACGUGCUCAUCCGUGAGCUCAGCUAUGCGCAGCUGAAGUCAAGUCGUGUGUUUCUACGCAAGCGCUGGACGCUGCAGGAGCACACGCAGCUCAAUGUUAGAGACAUCAAGGAGCACAGGCGACUGUUUCCCAAGCUCGCCGAAGUAUACGCCGCGCUGCCCCCCACACUGGGUCUGAUAGUUGAAGUCAAGUGGCCGCAGCUGAUGGCCAAUGGCAAGCUGGAGUCCAUGCAGACGCUUAACAAAAAUCUAUACGUGGACAGCAUUAUAGAAACAACAGCGCGUUACGGCUGCGGUCGGCCGCUAAUCUUUGCCAGCUUCGAUGCCGACAUCUGCAGCAUGCUGCGACUCAAGCAAAGCGCAUUUCCCGUGCUGUUCAUCAGCGCAGGACGCACUGACAUUUGGCAGCAGUACAUGGAUCUGCGCACGCAGUCCUAUCUACAGGCUCUGAACUUUGCACAGAGCGCUGAGCUGCUGGGCACAGCGUUGCAUGUGCAGAACUUUAUGCAGCAGCGGCAACAACGGCGACUGCUCGAACUUAGCUUGGACUUGCCACAAGCUUUGUUUGUGUGGGGCAGCGAGCUGAGCAGCGCGCAGCUGCAGGAUCAGUUUCGAGCGCUCGAUGUCAGCGGCUUGAUCUAUGAGCAAAUGGAUCGUGUGGGUCCCAGCAGCUGGAAGCGCGCCUCGCUCUUUGCAGCGCCGCAGCUGCAGGAAAUAUUUGGCCAACAGUGCGUGGCCAUUGGCAACUCGACAACUAUGCCCAAUGCCAAGCCCACCAAGCCCACUGUUUGGCCCAAAAUGAGAAAGUAA